AGAACCGCAACAAAGAAACCUAUUCCUGUACCGACCCAUAAACCUAACCAGCACUCUCUCUCUCUCUCUGUGCAGUCGAUGUUAGGGUUUGUUGAGGGGGUUCUUGAAGGUGAAAGAGAGGGUUUCUUCGUUAAAUGCUCUCUCCCUUCGACAAUCUCUCAGUUCCCUCUCUUUUCAUGUCUUCAAUCGACGUCUUUCUCUUCUCCUCUGCUCCUUCAGGGCCUUACAAAACCCUAAUUCUUGGUUUCGGUUCCGACGUUUUUCACAUACUUCUUCCUCAUUCUCAAUCCUCUCACAGGAAAAAUUCGUGCUUUUCGUUAGGUGUUUCUGGGAUUUCCAAUUCGGUUCUGUGCGCAAAAUGAGUGAUUCUAAGCUAUUCGUUUUUGGGUCAUUCUCUGAAGACGAGACCAGGUCAUUGCUGCAAAAGCAAUCACCUGGGAAGGCUGAAAAGCCUGUGGAAAAGAAUAUAUUGCAGUUUGGGUCUAUAAAUUUUGUUACUAAAAUAUCUUCGGGUGAAUCUAAUGGUGAAUCAAGCAGACCACAAAAUUCUGUGAAAGGGCUCAGCAAAGUUCAGCCUUUCACUUCACUUAAUAAGCAGAAUGAAGUGGAGGCUGUAAAAGCAGCAAAUGACAGUUUACCAGCAUCUUUAACUACUCCUAUAGAGAAUGGAUGUACUGAUAAUUAUAAAAAUGGUUCUGCCCAUAGUAAUGGUGUGAAAGAGGCGACAAAGGAUAAUAUUGAUGUAGCUUCAUUACCUUUAUCCAAUAACGAAGGUGGUCUCUCCAAUCAAUUUUCAAGUCUGGAAUUGCAGAACAGAGAGCAGAAUGGUUGUGUUGAUGAUUUAUCAGCUUCUAAGGUAAAGGGGGAACUACAGAAGUGUUUGAAUGGGCCUGUUGCAGUUUCUACAGUCUUGUUGCCUCGUGGUUUAAUCAAUUCAGGGAAUCUGUGCUUUCUCAAUGCAACGCUACAGGCUCUUCUAUCCUGUUCUCCUUUUGUUCAGCUUCUGCAGGAAUUGAGAACUCGCAAAGUGCCUAAGGUUGGCUAUCCAACAUUGGGUGCAUUUGCAGAGUUCGUCUCUGAAUUUGACAUGCCUAGUGGUUCAAGUUCAAAGAACAAAGAUGCAAGUGUUCUUGUGACUGGUAGGCCUUUUAGCCCUGCCAUGUUUGAAGGCGUUCUUAAAAAUUUUACUCCAGAUGUACCAACUAGCAUCUCGGGCAGGCCAAGACAAGAAGAUGCUCAGGAGUUCCUUAGCUUCAUUAUGGAUCAGAUGCAUGAUGAAUUACUUAAGCUUGAAGGACAGCCCUCGAGUAUUAAUGGGCGCAAAUCAUCUCUAGUAUCUUCUGCAGAAGAAGAUGAAUGGGAGACGGUUGGCCCUAAGAAUACAUCUGCAGUAACCAGGACACAGAGUUUUGUUCCUUCAGAAUUAAGCGAUAUUUUUGGAGGACAAUUGAAAAGUGUGGUGAAGGCAAGAGGAAAUAAAGCUUCUGCUACUGUUCAACCAUUUUUAUUGCUCCACCUUGAUAUUUACCCUGAAGCUGUUCGUACUAUCGAGGAUGCACUCAAGUUGUUUUCUGCACCAGAAACUCUUGAGGGGUAUCGAACAUCAGCAGCUGGGAUGGCUGGUGUUGUAAGUGCUAGUAAAUCAAUAAAGAUACAGACACUUUCAAAGAUAAUGAUCUUGCACUUGAUGCGUUUUGGUUAUGGAAGCCAAGGAAGCACUAAGUUGCAUAAGCCUGUGCAUUUUCCACUUGAGUUGGUGUUGGGUCGUGAAUUGCUUGUUUCUCCAACUACUGAGGGUCGAAAAUACAAACUUGUUGCUACAAUAACUCAUCACGGGAGAGAGCCCUCGAAGGGGCAUUAUACAACUGAUGCUCUUUAUACCAAUGGUCAGUGGCUACGCUUUGAUGAUGCAUCUGUCACUGCAAUCGGAACCGGCAAAGUAUUGCAUGACCAGGCAUAUGUCCUCAUCUACAAACAAUUGUAAAAGGGCAGUUUGGGACAAGUAAUGUGUUGCAUUACCAGGCUUAUGUCUACAAGCAAUUGUCGAAUAUAACCGAGCAGUACUGACUUCCCAUUGAGAGAGACCUAUCCCGUUCAUGUAAUGUGUUGACCUCACUUGGAAUCGUAUCUCGUUCCGUGGGUCGAUGCUAUAAACUUGCCUACAAUUCCCAUACGGGGGUGGUGGCUAGAGAAAAUGGCUGUAACAAUUCUUUUUAACUUAUGUCUAGUGCAGCGGUUUUCAGUUGUUUUAUGAUGUAAUAUAUAUGGAAGAUGUUGCUGAUAUGCUAUAUUUAGUGAAUGCUUUCAUGUUAUA